UCUUCUCUUUCGUCUUUUUAUUUAUUUCGGUUCGUUGCUGCCUCAGGGGCAAAUAACUCUAAGGGCAUUCGAGAAAUUUCGAAACAUGGCAGAGGCAGCGAAAAAACAAGCCGAAGAACUAAAAAAUGAAGGAAACAAGGCCCUAGCAGAGAGUAAAUAUGACGAAGCUUUGAGGCUGUACACAGAGGCUCUGUCUCUCGACACCAGCGCAGUGCUGUACAGCAACAGGUCAGCAGCAUAUUCCAAGGCAGGGAACCACCUAAAGGCAUUGGAGGAUGCUGAGAAAGCCAUCGAAUUGAAGCCUGACUGGGUUAAGGGUUGGUCACGAAAGGGUACUGCGCUGUGCUACUUGAAACGAUAUGAGGAGGCAAAGAUUGCCUUUGAAGAGGGCCUGAAGAUUGAGCCAGAUAAUGAGCAGAUGCUAUCAGGACUAGAUGAAGCUGAAUCACAUCUCACUGGUCCUGGUGGGAGCCAGCCCCUAAGAAACCCUUUCCAGGACCCGAAUGCUGUGUCCAAGCUUGAGAACCACCCUAAAACUGCCCAGUUCAUGAAGGAUCCAAUGUUCAGAACGAAGAUUCUUAUGAUGCAGCAAAGCGGCUCUAUGCAGAACAUCAACGAUCCUCGCCUGAUUCAAUGCCUUGGUGUGCUUCUCAACAUGGACUUCUCCAUGAUGGAUGGCAAGGACCUCCCAGACGAUGAUGAUGACAUGCCUCCCACUACAGCCUCAAAGCCUCAGUCUCCUAGCCGUAACGAGGGGGCAAAGAAAGCUUACACUAGUGAUCACAAGCAAACAAAUUCUAAGGCAGAUUCAAUGUCUAAUGAGCAAAAACAGGCCGUAGCAGCCAAAGAGAAAGGCAACAAUGCAUACAAGGCCAAAAACUUUGAAGAGGCCCUGAAGUUUUAUGAUGAGGCGAUCGCAUUGGACCCAUCUGACAUGACAUAUCUUAAUAACAAAGCAGCUGUAUACUUUGAGCAAAGUGACUACGACCAGUGUAUAGCAACAUGUGAAAAGGCAGUGGACGUUGGCAGAGAAAACAGGGCGGACUACAAAAUCAUUGCCAAAGCACUAGGGCGAUGUGGUAAGGCCUAUCAGCAGAAAGGGGAUGACUUCAAUGCAAUCAAAUACCUGAACAAGUCACUGUCAGAACACAGAACCCCCGAUAUUGCCAAGCUGAUAAAUGAGAUUGAGAAACAAAUGAAAGAGAAGGAAAGAUUGGCAUAUGUUGACCCAGAAAAGUCAUUACAAGAGAAGACAUUGGGAAACCAGUUUUUCCAGGAAGGCAAGUACCCAGAGGCUCUGAAGCACUACACAGAGGCAAUCAAGCGUAACCCUGAUGAUGCUAAGAUCUACAGCAACAGGGCCGCCUGCUACACCAAACUGCUGGAGUUCACGCUAGCCUUGAAAGAUUGUGACGAAUGUAUCAAACUGGAUCCAAAAUUUAUUAAAGGAUACCUAAGGAAAGCCACUAUAUACACUGCUAUGAAGGAAAGUGAAAAAGCCAAACAUUCUUAUCAGAAGGCUCUAGAGAUUGAUCCAAAUUGUACAGAAGCCCAGGAGGGCUACCGCAGCACCCUGAUCCAGGAGAACAGCGACCCAGAGGCUGUCCGGAAGCGGGCGAUGGAGAACCCGGAGAUACAGCAGAUCCUGGGAGACCCCGCCAUGAGGCUUAUACUAGAACAGAUGCAGCGCGAUCCCAACGCCUUGAAAGACCAUUUAAAGAACCCAGAUAUCGCCUCAAAGAUUGAGAAACUGCUGGAAGCUGGUAUCAUCGCAAUUCGUUGAUGAACGCUCAUACUAAAUUGUGUAAUUGUUUCAAUCAUGAUCAAAUGGUCGUGUAUCAUGUAUGGCACUUUUUGUGCAUGAUGUAUAUUUUUUUGAGUGAAUUCAUUGACAUGAGUAUUUGUGGCCAUGCAAAAAAGGUGUUGAUUUCAAUAUUCAUUUUGCAUCAUAGCAUUUUGUAUUACAUAUAAAGUCAAAAGUUGCACACAGACAGGGAUUUAUGUUAAUUUCUGUUUAUUGAAUUACAGUUUGAGAGUCAAUAUUUGAGAGCUUGUUUAAAUGUAUGCAGUAUUUUUGAAGAUUUUACACCCGCAUUCCUAAUCAAUUAAGGGUUGUACGUCCAUGUAUAUUUGUUAAGAUUUGUAUUAAAUAUCCAUGUUCAUUUAUUCAGUGUAAAUGUUUCAUUUUGAAAUUCAUUAUAGUAGUUUGCAUUGUUAGCCCUUCAAUGCUAUUUCCUUUAUCAUUCAGGCUUUAAUUUGUGUGGACUGGUGUGAAAGUCGUCCAAAGUCGUGUGUUUUUGUCAGACAGAUCAUCUGAAAAGCAUGCCCUAUUUUGUAUGCCCUAUCGAUUGUAUUCAUCAUUUGUUUUUUGAUCAACACCAAUGCAUUAUCAAUAUAGGAAUAAAAUUAUUAAGCCGUU